CCCCCAUCAACCCAGUCAGUCAGCCACGCGCAGACUACAACAUCUUUGUGGUGCCAAACCGGCGAAUUUGUUUUCCCAGAGUUUUAUAAUCUAUUCAAAUUACAAAUGACAUGCAAUCGGAGUAAGCCACACGCAAGAGUAUAUCUACGGAAAGGAAACGAAAAACUACGUGCUAAAAGUUUUAGCUACAGAAGGGACAUUACUGCUUGCUCGUCUAGCUAGCCAUUGAGCUAGCUAUAACGUGCAAGGCUGUACUACAGUAGCCAGCUAAGCUAUCGAUCAAGUUCCGAAGAGGCAAUGUCUUUUCGUCGACAGAACGUGAGUUGUAGUCGUAUCAAGUUGCUAAGCAAGGGUAGCUUGUUGCUACAUGUAUUGUUUUCUGUAUGAAUUCUAGCUAGUUUGUUCGAUAUUUGUUAGCAGCUAGCUUAAAGUUGGCUAGCUAACGUGAGCUUUAUCGAUGGUGUCCUCAUUGACUUACUUGUACACUAGCUAGGUAGCCAGUCUGGUAAUGUCAAAUACUAUUUAGUAGACUAAAGACAAAUUGAAUCAGUAUAACUGUUACUUGAGGUGUAAUUAUUGGCACGUGUCACACCAGCAACAACCCGGUUCAGGCGGACGAAAAACCUCCAAUGGAACGGCAGGGCCAGCAGGGUUGCCCCCUCACAUCAGUGGGAGCAAUACCAACAGAGCUGUGCCUGGAAGGUAAGCACAUGUUCGGCCACAGUUGUCAAGCAAGUCCGGGGAUCUGCCACAUAUCCAUAGAGGUUUACCGGUCAAUGCGAGGAUUAGUGGGCGUGCCCAUGUGAAACGGAGGCUUUAACUCGCUGUUUAAAGCCAAUUGGAACGAAGUAAAUAUGAUAGAUGUAUUUGCGGCCAAUGGGCACAGAGGGUCUGCUAAAUUGACAUUGGUAUGAUUGACUGGUGUCUGAACCAAUGGGAUAGACGAUACAUUUGAUUGACCCCAAUAUGCCCAUUCACUUUCUGUGGGGAGGGGAUUAUCGUGUUUUUGUAGUUUUUUUAAGCAUUUGCUUUGGAUUUUGUUUGGCCUGUUAAGUCGUACGAUUUUUCACAGAAUAAACAAGACUGCGGAGUAACAGGGAUGCACAUGACUAAAAAGUAUUAACACUGGUUAUUUAUUGUAUUCAACGUGUCUGUCUAUCUAGCAAUUCUUAAAUUAGUUACCAGUUUGCAGUUAGUUUCCUCCUUACUAACUGUCUUGUUUAGCUUGCCAGCUAACGUUAGCUAGACAACAAAUAGCUAACUAUUGUAUUGUACCAAAACAAGCUAUUAUUUAGAUUUUUAAUCGUAUGACAAUCUCGCCAGUUACUCCAAAUUGAUAGCCAGUUACUAGAUUACUUUAGCUAAAAUAAUUGCACGUUAGCAGGCUACCGCUAGGAAACGUUAGCUACAUUGUUAGCCAAAUCGCAUUAACGUUACCUUCGGUUUUAGCUAACCCUAGUUAACCAGCGUGUGUCAACACAAUUGCUUUCGUUAAGCCUCGCAAACAAUGUCGAACGACACAGUAAUAGAGAACAGAACAUGAUCCGCUACGGGGCUAGUUUGUCCCCCCCCCCUAAUGUCAUAGCUAACUAACGCGUGGAUCACCGGCGUCGGCACGCAUCCGUGACCGUGAUCAGUCUUUUGCCCGACUACUGCAUAGACAGGUCUCCUAGACAGAUCUGCAUAGAAAGUCCUAUGACAGAUCGAGAACCGCCACGCUAAAAAGUGCGCAUUUGAUCAACGUAAUGUCCCGUGUCCAUAAUGCUUUGCAAGUUUGCAUGUUUGUUAGCUACAUUGAAAGUGGUGCAGCUGCCGGCCUAUUUCUUGCGUUGCAGCAUUUUGCCCCAGAGCCAGCUACACCCAUUUGUCUUGUCUGUUGCUAAUGUUCUCUCCCCACAUUCAGGACAAGAAAUACAAUGAAGCCGCCAUCUCAGCCCUCUCCCGUAAGUCACACAUCAUGAAAUGUAGGCUAUCCAGCAUGUACUACAGCCGUUUUAUGUAACAGUGCAUAGCCUAGUACUCUUUUGAUGACAUAAUCUAGGUUGUCUUUCUUUCUCUUUGUUUGCUUCCAUACCAUUGUACAAAAUGUAAACUCUAAAACGUUAAAAGGAAAUUGCGGGUAGAGUAAGGUCACAUUUUUGGAGCUUUGAAAUAGAAGUCAGACAUGUUUGUUUGCAACUUGCAGGUAUUUGAAGGUGUCUACAACAACACCAGGAUGCUUCACUAUCUCACAGCUGUAGUGGUGAGUGUUCAUUUGGUCAAUUAGGCCCUGGUCCACCAUGGUACCUUACUUUGAUGCAACACAUACACAUUGCCCUAAUGUGCACUCUUUCCACUAUUUAAGUUGUCGACAACUGUCUACUAAUGUAUAUCUUCAUGAAAUGACCAAUAACCAUAUACAUUUACAUUACAUUUUAGUCAUUUAGCAGACGCUCUUAUCCAGAGCGACUUACAGUUAGUGCAUACAUUAUUUUUUAUACCCCCCGUGGGAAUCGAACCCACAACCCUGGCGUUGCAAACGCCAUGCUCUACCAACUGAGCUACAUCCCUGCCGGCCAUUCCCUCCCCUACCCUGGACAACGCUGGGCCAAUUGUGCGCCACCCCAUGGGUCUCCCGGUCGCGGCCGGCUACGACAGAGCCUGGAUUCGAACCAGGAUCUCUAGUGACACAGGUAGCACUGCGAUGCAGUGCCUUAGACCACUGCGCCACUCGGGAGACUUAUUACUCUCGGGAGACAUAUUAUUAUAUAUUUUUUUUAUCCUUCAAGGGCUCCACCUGUGACGUCCGAGUGAAGAGUGGAAAUGUGUAUGAAGGCAUCUUCAAGACCCUCAGCUCAAGGGUAAUUUUAUACUACCUUGUAUUAGACAUACAGGGGUGUUCUGCAUACCGACAAGUUAUAGACCCCUCCUAGAAACAUGGUUGUGGUCAGAUGUUCACCUUGAUCUCAGGUGUAUUCAUUAGUCGGAUUCCAUUACAAAACCUAGUCAGUUGCACAUCUGAAUGCAUUCAACCGAAAUGUGUCUUCCGCAUUUAACCCAACCUCUCUGAAUCAGAGAGGUGCGGGGGGCUGCCUUAAUCGACGUUCACGUCAUCGGCACCCCGGGGAGCAGUUUUUCAAGGGCUCUGGGAUUUGAACCAGCGAACUUCUUUCGGUUACUGGCCCACUGCUCUUUACCGUUUACUCUAGGGACUUCAAUACCAGGUUUACUCAACAGAUACCAAAACGAUACUACAUCUCUAUUGAUAAAUUGGGUCAAUUAAGAUGUAGCCUAGGCCUAUCCAAAAACAAGGUGAAUGAAUAUUCAAUAGGAGUGUGUGCAUGCAUUGAGUUAUUGAGCUUGUUUUGGCUGAUUUCAUGUUGCUACAGAUGACAAUCUGUUUCUCUUUUCCCUUACAUUUGGGACUUAUUUUAUUGUACUGAUUAACAUUUGCAUUGAAGUAGCUUAUUUUAUAAAAAAUGUGCAUCGUCUACCAGUAAUGUUGUCAUUAACGAGGCAAGGGGGGGCGGCCCUUAGGAGCACAGUCAGUUCGCUGAGGAAAUAGAUAAUCUUUGGGAGAGACCGAAAUAAGAGAAUUAAUUUAAAAAAAAUUGUGUAAAUCAGCCAUUGGCCUACAAUAGCUGGAAGCUACCGGUAAAGUGUUCUAGCCUAUAUUUAUAUUGUUUUGCGAACAGUAAGUAACAGUUUCAACAUUUCUACACAUUUGACAGAAGUACCGAAAGUAACAAAAAAUCGAGUACCGAACAGUUUAUCAUGUUCUAUUAUCAAAAAACUACCGACGUUUUGGUAUACCAUGCAACACCAGGAAGGGCCUACCUGAAAUUGUCCAAUAGAAACUUGCUUUCGUUGCAAAACGUUUUACGUUUGGAUUAAAAUGUUUUGCAACAGACAGUGUUUUGCAAUGGAAUCAGUGUAAUGAAUACAUCCCAGGUCACAUUGACCACUGCCUGCAGUCACUCUUCAGUUAACCUCUGUGGUUCAUCCGUGGUCCUAAUGUGUUUUUACUCCAGUGUGAGCUGGUGGUCGAUGCAGUCCACAAGUGGAGCGAGGGAGGAGAGGCGGAUGGAGACGGAGGGGGAGGCUUGCCCCCCUCCCUGCCCAGGAUCGAGGAGAUCACAGACACCAUGAUCUUCAGCCCCGGCGACCUGGUCACAAUGACUUGCCGAGAUGUGGACCUCAACUACGCCAUCAGAGGUAAGUGUGUGUGUGAGAGAGAGUGCGUUGUCAGUGUGACUGAAACUGAUUCAAGAUAAGGAUGUAUGUUUUAAGUAAGCAGUCGAACUGAAUGAGACAGAUGGGGAGGGUGAACCAAGUGUGUGUGUGCGUCAUUAUGUACCCCUAGUAGAUGACACAUUAUACCUUCAAAUUUGGGCUGUGUGUGUAGAUGCUUUCACAGAUACAGCAAUCAGCUCAUCGCGGGUGAACGGGGAGCACAGGGAGAAGGUGCUGCAGCGGUGGGACGGAGGGGACAGCAACGGAGAAGGCUUCGACCUGGAGACGGACACGGUGAGAUGCAUAGACACAGUAGCUAGGUUUCCAUCCAAUUCACAAAAAACUGUUGUGAUAAAUAGCAAACUUGCCCAAUCUGGUUUUGGUGCAUGCUCUCUAGACAAGUUUGCUGAUAAAGUUGACGGGGUUAUAUGAUGAAGAGCAAGAGAAUUUGUAUUUGAUAACGGCAGCCAAGCACCAAUCAUCAUGUCACCAGAAUUCAAAUAACACCCUCAAUAUUUAUUGGAAAUUUGCAUGAAGCUCAAUGUGCCCUUAACCACAAUGUGAAGUUCAUAACUUAUUUCAUCUGCCUAUAAACCCUUUAUGCUUUUACACGACGUGAUGGUAGUAGGCUACAACAACGUAACAUAUCAUUGCGUGACUCCAAGUUUAUUUAGACAUGGUGGUUAUUAUAUCAAUAGUUACACAUAACAGCGUUUCCUCCGCAAUUAUGGCAAUCUAUUUCACAGACCAAAGAAAUUGUCUUGUCGACAAUAGGAUGUUUUGACGACAAAUUCGCUGUUUCCAUCAGGCCUGUUGUGAGUUUUGUGUGUUAGGUAAUUAAUCUGCAUGAAAUGGUUGGAUGGAGACCUGGUCACUGACGCACGCACACACACACACACUUGGUGAGACACAGGCACACACUGACCGUACGGUUCUUCUGUCUCUGUCAGUCUAAUGGCUGGGAUGCCAGCGAAAUGUUCAAGUUUAACGAGGAGACAUAUGGCGUCACGUCCACCUAUGAUUCCAGCCUCUCCAUGUAUACGUGAGUAUCCUCCCCUUAGCUUCUUAUUCUGAUGUGGAAUAUGCUCAGGUCGCUUUGUCUAUAUAGCUCUGUAUCAUUCUCUGUCUUAGGCAGCGUUUACACAGGCAGCCCAAUUCUGAUAUUUUUUCCACAAAUUGGUCUUUUGACCAAUCACAUUAGAUAUUUUUCAGAUCUGAUCUUUCAAAAUACCAAUUAGUGAAAAAAAGAUCAGAAUUGGGCUGCCUGUGUGAACACAGCCUUAUUCACUCACAACACCCUUUCUUUCUCACACACAUUUUUGAUUGACCUUGGAAGUCGUAUCUCGGUCUUUCUCCCCCUUCAGUGUUCCCCUGGAAAGGGGCAGCUCAGAUGGCUUCCGGCAGCGGGAGGCACGCGCGGCCCGCCUGGCGAAUGAGAUCGAGGGCAGCCCCCAGUACCGCCACCGCACCAACCUGGAGAACGACGAUAAGAGCGAGGAGGACAAGUACAGCGCCGUGGUCCGAGAGAGAGACGAGGGGAGGGAGAGGGGCAGCCCCGGAUUCCAGAGCAGUGCCGGGAGCAGGUGAGUCCGGAGGGGAAUCGCAAGCAUACACAAGCUUAGUUGUAGACUCAACACAUGGACGCAUAAACACAGUUGACAAAACUGCAUCUGUGCGAGGAUGUAGGCUGCACACUCAGUUGUAUACACAGACAGACGUAACGGCACUCUAACAUACACUGAACAAAAAUAUAAAUGCAACAUGUAAAGUGUUGGUCCCAUGUUUCAUGAGCUGAAAUAAAAGAUCUCAGAAAUUUUCCAUGAGCACCAGAAGCUUAUUUAGCUCAAAUUUCGAACCCAAAUUUGUUUACAUCCCUGUUAGUGAGCAUUUCUCCUUUGCCAAGAUAAUCCAUCCACCUGACAGGUGUGGCAUAUCAAGAAGCUGAUUAAAUAGCAUGAUCGUUACCCAGGUGCACCUUGUGCUGGGGAUGAUAAAGGCCACUCUAAAAUGUGCAGUUUUGUCACACAAUACAAUGCCACAGAUGUCUCAAGUUUUGAGGGAGCGUGCAAUUGGCAUGCUGACUGCAGGAAUGUCCACCAGAGCUGUUGGCCACUGGCACGCUGGAGAAGUGUGCUCUUCACGGAUGAAUCCCGGUUUCAACUAUACCGGGCAGACGGCAUGUAUGGCUUCGUGUGGGCGAGCGGUUUGCUGAUGUCAACAUUGUGAACAGAGUGCCCCAUGGUGGCGGUGGGGCUAUGGUAUGGGCAGGUAUAAGCUACGGACAAUGAACACAAUUGCAUUUUAUCGGUGGCAAUUUGAAUGCACAGAGAUACCGUGAUGAGAUCCUGAGGCCCAUUGUCGUGCCAUUCAUACUCCGCCAUCACCUCAUGUUUCAGCAUGAUAAUGCAAGGCCCCAUGUCGCAAGGAUCUGUACACAAUUCCUGGAAGUUGAAAAUGUCCCAGUUCUUUCUCGGCUUGCAUACUCACCAGACAUGUCACCCAUUGAGCAUGUUUGGGAUGUUCUGGAUUGACGUGUACGACAGCGUGUUCCAGUUCCCGCCAAUAUCCAGCAACUUCGCACAGCCAUUGAAGAGUGGGACAAAAUUCCACAGGCCACAAUCAACUCUAUGCGAAGGAAAUGUUGCGUUUGCAUGAGGCAAAUGGUGGUCACACCAGAUACUGAGUGUUUUUUUGAUCCACGCCCCUACCUUUUUAUUUAAGGUAUAUGUGACCAACCGAUGCAUAUCUGUAUUCCCAGUCAUGUGACAUCCAUAGAUUAGGGCCUAAUGAAUUUAUUUAAAUUGACUGAUUUCCUUAUAUGAACUGUAACUCAGUAAAAUCUUUGAAAUUGUUGCAUGUUGCGUUUAUACUUUUGUUCAGUUUAUCUCUCUCUCUCUAGGGAGGGUAAAUACAUUCCUCUUCCCCAGAGGGCCAGGGAGAUGGGUGUGUCCCCAAGCAGCCUGAGGGGCGGAGCCUCUGGUCCAAUACCCAAUCGAACAGGAGCCCCUGGCUCCUCUAGACCCACCCAGGGUUCUGAUAGGAGCAGCCCGCUGUCCGUCAGGGGCGCCUACUCUCCCCACCAGUCCCAAGCCAGCCCCCCAGCCCAGCCCAGUAGCCCUACCCCCUCCUCUUCCUCCUCUCACCCGAUUCCUCACUCCAUCUCUCACCCACAAGCUCUGGCCGAUGCCUCACGCUCUUCUGUCAACGGAGGUAAGGCUGUGUCUGUUUGGGUAUAUUGAGGGAGCGUGUGUGUGUGUGUGUGUGUGUGUGUGUGUGAGGUUUUGGGUAUAUUGAGUGUUAAUUGUGCUCUUUCUGUGUAUCAGUGUCGUCCAGAACUUCCCCCAAAGCCCAGAGAUCCGUACAGACCAAUAGAACUCUGCGCAACCCAAGCUCCCAGUCCUCACCUGCAGGUACACACACCUCAUCUGAAAGUGCACAGAAACGCACAUUUCCACCACUCAUAUUCUAGACUAUUCACAUCCCUCACCUCUCCUUUUCUCCUUCUCUUUCUCUCUCUCCGCAGUCUCUCGCUCUCCAAAACCAGACGACCCUGCUCUGGCUGGCCCCGCCUACCUGGACACUUCCUCCUCCUCGAUCGCCUCGGCAACACCCAAGUCCUCUGGCCCCACCCCUCUGUUCACUGUGGAUGGUGAGGAGGAAGAUGAUUACUGCGCUAUCCUUUUACAGAAUUGUUGUUUAUUGAUCUAUUGAAGUUAUGUUUGUGAUUUUUAAUGAUUUCUGUUCCUCUCUCUACCUCUUUAUCUCUCUCCAUCUCUCUUGCUUUCUUUUUCUCUCGCUCUCAGUGAAUGAGAUCCUGAGCUCAGCGGCUAAGGAGAGGACAGAAGGCCCAGCCAGCCCUCAGGACGGCAAGAGCGGCAAAGGUUAGCUUUCCUUUCUCUCUCCAUUUGACUGGUCCCUGUCAUUCCCCCUCCAUCUCAGGUCUUUUGAAAAAUAGAUUUUCUCUCAAUGAUUUUCUCUCUCCCUCUCAGUUCCCUCAGUCCUGCAGAGAACACAGUUGGAGGAGCUACGGAAAUUUGGCAAAGAGUUCAGGGUAAGUGUGUCUCAUGUCCAUGCAUGCCUGUGUGUGACCCAUGUAUCUGAUUCUGACACACUCGCGCUCUCCCACAGCUCCAGCCCAGCUCCUCCCCUUCUGCUGGCCCCGCCUCCUCAGAACCCGCCCAGCCCUCCCCAUCAGACUCCGCCACCACAGCCGAGUCCAAACCCGCCCCUGGCCACACUCCCUCCCAGGACCCCCAGACUGGAGAGGGGUCCUCCUUCACCCCGACCUCCACCACCCCUACCCCCUCUCCAGCCCCCAACACCGCCUCUCAGUCAUCAGGUCCAGACAGGCAGGCUGCAGGGACACCCCAGCCAGCCAGGACCCCUGGCAGCGAAGAGGGCGGCGAGCGAGCAGAGGGCGUGGCUGAGUAAGUUUGAACAGUGCAAUACAGUACAGUAUUCCACAGUGCAGUACAAUACAGUCUACUCCUAAGUCUAACAGUAGGUAUUAGGUUAUCUGUUAAAAACUCAGCAAAAAAAAGAAACGUCCCUUUUUCAGGACCCUGUCUUUCAAAGGUAAUUCGUAAAAAUCUAAAUAACUUCACAGAUCUUCAUUGUAAAGGGUUCAAACACUGUUUCCCAUGCUUGUUCAAUGAACCAUAAACAAUCAAUUAACAUGCACCGGUGGAACGGUCGUUAAGACACUAACAGCUUACAGACGGUAGGAAAUUAAGGUCACAGUUAUGAAAACUUAGGACACUAAAGAGGCCUUUCUACUGACUCUGAAAAACACCAAAAGAAAGAUGCCCAGGGUCCCUGCUCAUCUGCGUGAACGUGCCUUAGGCAUGCUGCAAGGAGGCAUGAGGACUGCAGAUGUGGCCAGGGCAAUAAAUUGCAAUGUCCGUACUGUGAGACUCUUAAGACAGCGCUACAGGGAGACAGGAUGGACAGCUGAUCGUCCUCGCAGUGGCAGACCACGUGUAACAACACCUGCACAGGAUCGGUACAUCCGAACAUCACACCUGCGGGACAGGUACAGGAUGGCAACAACAACUGCCCGAGUUACACCAGGAAUGCACAAUCCCUCCAUCAGUGCUCAGACUGUCCGCAAUAGGCUGAGAGAGGCUGGACUGAGGGCUUAUAGGCCUGUUGUAAGGCAGGUCCUCACCAGACAUCACCGGCAACAACGUCGCCUAUGGGCACAAACCCACCGUCGCUGGACCAGACAGGACUGGCAAAAAGUGCUCUUCACUGACGAGUCACGGUUUUGUCUCACCAGGGGUGAUGGUCGGAUUCGUGGUUAUCGUCUAAGGAAUGAGCGUUACACCGAGGCCUGUACUCUGGAGCGGGAUCGAUUUGGAGGUGGAGGGUCCGUCAUGGUCUGGGGCGGUGUAUCACAGCAUCAUCGGACUGAGCUUGUUGUCAUUGCAGGCAAUCUCAACGCUGUGCGUUACAGGGAAGACAUCCUCCUCCCUCAUGUGGUACCCUUCCUGCAGGCUCAUCCUGACAUGACCCUCCAGCAUGACAAUGUCACCAGCCAUACUGCUCGUUCUGUGCGUAAUUUCCUGCAAGACAGGAAUGUCAGUGUUCUGCCAUGGCCAGCGAAGAGCACGGAUCUCAAUCUCAUUGAGCACGUCUGGGACCUGUUGGAUCGGAGGGUGAGGGCUACGGCCAUUCCCCCCCAGAAAUGUCUGGGAACUUGCAGGUGCCUUGGUGGAAGAGUGAGGUAACAUCUCACAGCAAGAACUGGCAAAUCUGGUGCAGUCCAUGAGCAGGAGAUGCACUGCAGUACUUAAUGUUUUGAUUUUGACCCCCUCCCCCUUUGUUCAGGGACACAUUAUUCAAUUUCUGUUAGUGACAUGUCUGUGGAACUUGUUCAGUUUAUGUCUCAGUUGUUGAAUCUUAUGUUCAUACAAAUAUUUACACAUGUUAAGUUUGCUGAAAAUAAACGCAGUUGACAGUGAGAGGACGUUUCUUUUUUUGCUGAGUUUAUGUAGUAUUGUUGAUUAGGGGGUGUAACGGUUCAACAAACCUAUGGUUCGGUACGUAUUAAGGUUGUGGGGUCACAGACAAAUGUAAUGUCAUCCACAAUGUUCAGCAUUCACAAUGUUCCUUGCAUUGUCUGUUGUGACCGGAUUGUUAUGUUGGGCCUCAAGAUGUCCACUCCGAUGCUGCGUUUGCAACCAUGUGGGAGGCGGGAAUUUACCAGUUGUGAAGUUGUAAAUACCAGUUCGACGCAUUCAUGUGAUUUUAACUCGUUGCGAAACGCCGAUUGGCUAAUGGCCAACAAGCUAUAACCAUAAACUAAAAGUACAACUAUCAUGCUUGUAAAUUAUACAGUGCCUUGCAAAAGUAUUCAUCCCCCUUGGCGUUUUUCCUAUUUUGUUGCAUUACAACCUGUAAUUUCAAAUUGAUGUUUAUUUGGAUUUCAUGUAAUGGACAUAAACAAAGUAGUCCAAAAUGGGGAAGUGAAAUGAAAAAAAAAUUGAAAAAAUAAAUAACGGAAUGGUGGUGGGUGCAUAUGUAUUCAUCCCCUUUGCUAUGAAGCCCCUAAAUAAGAUCUGGUGCAACCAAUUACCUUCAGAAGUCACAAUUAGAUUGCACACAGGUGGACUUUAUUUAACUAAGUGUCACAUGAUCUCAGUGUAUAUAUACACCUGUUCUGAAAGGCCCCAGAGUCUGCAACACCACUAAGCAAGGGCCACAACCAAGCAAGCGGCACCAUGAAGACCAAGGAGCUCUCCAAACAGGUCAGGGGCCAAGUUGUGGAGAAGUACAGAUCAGGGUUGGGUUAUAAAAAAAAUAUCCUAGACUUUGAACAUCCCACGGAGCACCAUUUUAAAUCCAUUAUUAAAAAAUGGAAAGAAUAUGGCACCACAACAAAACCUGCCAACAGAAGGCCGCCCACCAAAACUCAUGGACCAGGCAAGGAGGGCAUUAAUCAGAGGCAACAAAGAGACCAAAAAUAACCCUGAAGGAGCUGCAAAGCUCCACAGCGGAGAUUGGAGUAUCUGUCCAUAGGACCACUUUAAGCCGUACACUCCACAGAGCUGGGCUUUACGGAAGAGUGGCCAGAAAAAAGCCAUUGCUUUAAGAAAGAAAUAAGCAAACACGUUUGGUGUUCGCCAAAAGGCAUGUGGGAGACUCCCCAUACAUAUGGAAGAAGGUACUCUGGUCAGAUGAGACUAAAAUUGAGCUUUUUGGCCAUCAAGGAUAACGCUAUGUCUGGUGCAAACCCAACACCUCUCAUCACCCCGAGAACACCAUCCCCACAGUGAAGCAUGGUGGUAGCAGCAUCAUGCUUUGGGGAUGAUUUUCAUCUGCAGGGACUGGGAAACUGGUCAGAAUUGAAGGAAUGAUGGAUGGCGCUAAAUACAGGGACAUUCUUGAGGGAAACCUGUUUCAGUCUUCCAGAGAUUUGAGACUGGGAUGGAGGUUCACCUUCCUGCAGGACAAUAAUAAUAAUAUGCCAUUUAGCAGACGCUUUUAUCCAAAGCGACUUACAGUCAUGUGUGCAUACAUUUUUUUUGUGUAUGGGUGGUCCCGGGGAUCGAACCCACUACCUUGGCGUUACAAGCACCGUGCUCUACCAGCUGAGCUACAGAGGACCACAAUGACCCUAAGCAUACUGCUAAAGCAACACUCUAGUGGUUUAAGGGGGAACAUUUCAAUGUCUUGGAAUGGCCUAGUCAAACCCCAGACCUCAAUCCAAUUGAGAAUCUGUGGUAUGACUUAAAGAUUGCUGUACACCAGCGGAACCCAUCCAACUUGAAGGAGCUGGAGCAGUUUUGCCUUGAAGAAUGGGCAAAAAUCCCAGUGGCUAGAUGUGCCAAGCUUAUAGAGACAUACCCCAAGAGACUUGCAGCUGUAAUUGCUGCAAAAGGUGGCUCUACAAAGUAUUGACUUUGGAGGGGUGAAUAGUUAUGCACGGUCAAAUUCUGUUUUUUUGUCUUGUUUGUUUCACAAUAGAAAAUAUUUUGCGUCUUCAAAGUGGUAGGCAUGUUGUGUAAAUCAGAUGAUACAAACAAAAUAGGAAAAAUGCCAAGGGGGGUGAAUACUUUCCCAAGCCACUAUAGAGUUCAAAAACCACAUUUAAUAGAUUGCUUUAUAUAAAUAAUGUUUUGUUGCAUUUAACUGCCGAAAAUGCUGUUAGAGGCCAUUUCCUUAGUAGGUGAUGUCAGAGGUCAACAUGUGAGUGCUCAGGAUGAUAGAUGAGUUUCCUAAUAGUAAUUACCAGUUUGAGGGCCGUUCAAGUGGGUUUGUCCCCAGUCGUAUGUGGUAAAUUCCCACUUCGCUCUUGGUUACGAACGCACCAUGACACUGCCUCCUUCAGUGCCAGAUGCGCGUCUGUACCAAGGUACAUCGCCCACUCCGGGGUAAUGUGAUUGGCUCACUGUUAAGUAAGCGCAACACUGGGUGCAUAGGCCAAUUCAUUGGGAAUUUCUGCUUUGGUUUGUGUAUAUAUAGAGCAAGUAACCUGUUUGCUGAAAUGGGUGUAAGAGUGUAAGUUCGUAACGUAGCUCGAGCACUUUCAUGAGGUGCUGAAACCUCUACUGAAACCCCCUAUUCUCAACCACUGAGAAUGGGCGCAUAUCCGCAGCUAUAAACCAGACUGUAGAAAAUAUUAACAUAGCCUACCUAUCGUUCUUGUAAUCUCUUUGGCCCAGUCAGUCAGCUGCCAAGGGCUGCUUGAAUGCAGAGGGCAGACGAUGUGUUGCUGUUUCUUUGAGUUUCCAUCUUGCUGCAGUAUACUGGGGUGACGACGACGUCGUCGUAAAUGUGUCAACAUAUUUAUAGGCUAUUCUCAUUGAGCAGUGGCGACAUACAGUUAACGUUUUAUCCACAACUCUCUGUCCAUUGCUGUUGUAGUCUACUAGGAAGCCAAAAUGUUCAGAAACUGGAGAUUUUAAUGAUAACGGAGGAUCCUCCAAUUCUGGUUUAUCGACCCCACCACUCGCCAUCGUACAGAACUAGUUCCAGGCUGUGUCUCACAAAAGAACAGUUUGAAAUGCGUAAAUUUAAGAUUAGAAUUUUGAUUACAACAUGCGCAUAGGCUCUAGUUGUUUUAACGGAAUAGCCAACAAUGUUUUUUCAGCGCUGAUUUACUCAAGAGGCAUAGGCCUACAACGCAGUGUAUCCAUUCGGGUUCACAGUGCGGACCGAACUGAGGUCCCUGUACCGACCGGUUCGGUACGAAUAAGUGUACAGUUAAACCCCUAGUGUUGAUAAGAUGUGUUGACACACUUAUCUGUAGGUAUUAUGCUAGGGCUGGGCGAUAUAUCAUGAAUACCGAUAUGAAUCCACAUACUGGUAUGUAUUUGUACAGUACCGUAUAUAUAGCAAUAUGUUGAUACAGUGCUAAAUUAAGUCAAAAGUGAGCCCCAAGCUCAGGUGGGCAAGGUAGUUGCCAUGUUGAGGAUGUAUGAGAAUGGAUGUAUGGAAAAGGGAUUUGAAAGAUGAUUUGGAGUCCUCAUUCCCCUCUCGCUCUUUCCUUCGGUGUGUUUUUUUAGUCAGGUGAAGAAGUCUACGCUGAACCCCAACGCCAAAGAGUUCGUCUUCAAGGCACCCAUGACCCUGGUCUGUCUCUCUCUCUCUCUCUCACACACACACACACACACACACACACACACACACACACACACACACACACACAGAGGAAAGUAGUUGAGAACAAAUUCUCUCACAACCUGUUUGGCCAGGAGUUCAACUAUAUGUUCAGACACAUAUACUCACACACCAAAUGUAACUGUGUGAUUUGUUCAACUAAACACACACUCACAUUAUCUCACAAACCAACCUAAACUGUGCGCGUUCUCUCCUCCCCAGGUGAAGCCGUCCCCAGCCCCCACCCCCCCGCGGCCCACUCCUCCCAGCCCCUCCGUGGUGCUCCAGCCCCCCCCGGGACAACAGGCCAUCUACAGCACCCCCUACCUGUCCUACCUCUCCCCCGUACAGCUACAGGGACACUCUGUACAGGUAUGACUAGGACUGAGGCUGUGUGUGUGACUUCUGUCUCUGAAAAAUAAGCAUUAGUGUGUCUGGGGUGUUAAAAAAAAAUGUUUAUACAUUUGAGGUUGGGGCCUAACUGUCCUUUGUUUCCUAGGCUCCACAGAUGUAUCAGUACACCAUGUCUACAGUCCAGCAGGGGAAAUAUCCCAGAGCUAAAGGUAUACACACUCACACCAUUCUGUUACCUAAUCAAUAGGUUGGUCGCAACACUGUCAUAACCGUUCACUCUCUAUUCAAUGUUACGCUCUUUUAAUUUAGCAACUCGAGAACAUUUGAAAUCAACAAGUACAGAACUAUAGACUAAAGUUAUGAUCACAAUGAUCAAUAUGUUAAUAACCCUCUCCCCCCCAGGCCAGGUGGUAGGCCCUCGUCCGGACCACCACGGCUCUUCUCAGCCCCAGAUGCUCCAGGCUGCAGCGUCUGCAGCAGGCCCUCCCCUGGUGGCCUCCCCCUACCCCCAGGCCUACCUGCAGUACAGUCAGGUCAUCCAGGGCAUGCCCCACUACCCCGGACAGGUAGCUAACUACCAUGCUAAUGUUGCUAAUGCUAACCAGGCCAUGCCCCACUACCCUGGACAGAUAGCUAUUGUGCUAGUGGUGCUGGCGCUAAUACUUAUCCACGCUUAUAACAGCAUAGGCCCGGAGACCCACAAUGUGUGUUGUGGAUGGAGGUUUUGUUUCAAUAACAUUUUCAUAACAUUUUCUUAUUCCCUUUUCUCACUCUUUUUCUUUCUCUUCUGUCUUUCUUCCUCUCUUCUCUCCCCUUCUCUCGUUCUUUCUCCUCUUCCUCUUUUUCUUUCUCUCUCACUCCCCCCCCCCCCCCCAAUCUGUGCUAGCCGGUGUACUCCAUGCUGCAGGGUGGGGCCAGGAUGUUGACUCAGGCGGGCCACCCACAGGCUCUGGGCCCCCCAGGCCCCCAGUACCCCGGACAGACAGAGGGGCCCCCGGGACCACAACAGGCCAUGUAUGGUAAGAUAACGCACAGUCUGUUUUAAAAGUACACUCAGCAAGACUUCAUCAUUGUAGUCGUGUACUGGACAACGUCCUGCUUACAGACAUUCGUAUCAAUACAAUUCAUUUAUUCUAAGACUGUCAUUGUUCAAGGCUCUUUGGUUUGUAAAUUAUGUUUGAAUCCACAUACUUGAGGUUCAAGUUAGUCUUCCAUCUGUUUCUUAGCCCCCCAGCAGUUCUCCCACCAUUCUAGCUCCAUGCACCCUCCCCAGCCCUCCAGCACCCCCACUGGGAGCCAGCCCCCUCCCCAGCACACUGCCCCCAGCCCUGGGCAUGGACAGGUAAACCAACCAGCCCAGCAUUGUGUGUGUGUAUAUGCAUGUAUGUUUUUAUUUUAUUUUAUUUUUGGUCAUUUAGCAGACGCUCUUAUCCAGAGCGACUUGUCACAUACAUCGGAUAGGUGCAGUAAAAUGUGUUGUGUUGUUUUACAGGGUCAGCCAUAGUAGUACGGUGCCCCUGGAGCAAAUUAGGGUUAAGUGCCUUGCUCAGGGGCACAUCGACAGAUUUUUCACCUUGUCGGCUUGGGUAUUCGAACAAGCGAUCUUUCGCUUACUGGCCCAACGCUGUAACCGCUAGGCUGUGUGUGUGUGGGGGAGUGAUUCACGUACUGGUGUAGGAGCGAUUCCGUCUUGUCAGUGUCUUUGCUGCAUGUUUCCUGUGCGGAGCCUGUAAUUAAAGUGGCACUCCAGCAGUGUUGGGGGUUAUGCGUUACAAAGUAACUUGUUACAUAAUCAGAUUACUUUUAUGAGUACAUUUAUGAGUUCAAAUUAGGUAAUAUUAUUAAUUACUUUGUAUAAAAAAAAAACUUGUGCGUUUCUUUCAGAAUCGGGCACGUAUUUCCAUGAUCCGAUCUUGAUUACUUCUUUCAUUUAGUUCUCGAGCAAGCGGAGAGCGGCUGUUUUAGAGAAAUGUCAUAACUGCUGCUGUCCAUAGAAAUGUAUAGAGGGCGCACCUCUGAUCUUUGCUAUUGAUGGCUUCUGUGAUAGCAAAGCCCAUAGAGGGUUUUUCCAUUUAGUGGAAAGUGUGCCCUUUAUACAUCUCUAUGGGUCGUGUACGUGCGGUCUAUAACCAGAACUGGCAGUUCGAGAGAGAUUUUGAAAGAAAAGAGAGAAUCUGUUCAGAUGUUUGGCUUACAGUCAGGGCCGGUGUUUUGGGCGGGCCUUAGGGGGCCUGGCCGACCUUACCCCGUAACUUCUUGCCCGUCCAAAUAAAAUAUUGAAAUAUUGAUCUUUUAUUUGACCAAGAUGUGCGACGACAGAAAGACACAUCAAUCUCAGAUAUAGCAUCCAAGCGAGCGAAACGGCGCUCCUCUGUCUCAGUAUGUGUUGUCGCCUGUAUAGAGCCCCACAGUGGAGGUGUCAUAAUACCCAUAAAACCUAGCGGUCAAACAGGGAAAUGGUUCCAAUCGUUUUUCUUUUGAUUAACCUGGCAUGACUUUUCUCUCAGACAAGGUGACUUUUAUCAAUAUAUUUAGCUCUAUUUACUCUGAUUCAAAAAUGCUAAUUAGCAUAAAAGUUGACAUCAUGCAAGACUACAAAUCCCUGCAAGCUCUUGCAUGUCAUCUCUAGCUGACAACUUUGCUAACAGGUAUUGUGUCAAUGUAAAACUUGCACAAGACAGUUAACAUAAUUGUCCAUUUAAAGAAAUGUAGCCAAUUUAUUCAUUACAACAUUUAGCUAACAUUAGCUACUUAAUCCAGAGAUUCUUACCUUUGCCUCGAUUCAGCAGUCUCGACCAGAUCAUGGCAUUUGUAGUUCUUUAUGGUAGCCACAUUAGCAUUUCAUUUUGGUGGGGGUAAAUACAGGCAAAUAUAUUGAAAAAGUUACCUUGUUUCUAAAAAUAAAUCUAUGGGGAAAAUGAAUGGUGGAAAAACGAUAGGAACCAUUUCCCUGUUUGACCGCUCGGCUUUUGGGGUACUAUGACUCAUACAGUGGUACUCUAUCCCCUCCUUUGGUACAACAACUCCCAUCGUUAGGGCGGAGACGUGCAUCAUUAUAUACAUAUGUCUGGUUACAGCCACUUGCGAAUUGGAAAGGAAAGUUGGUGGGUGCAGUGUACUGUUCGGAUGUCUGGGUUCCCCUAAAUUGAUGUUUUGCCAAAAUUAUAUAAUUACUCCUGUCUAAAUAAACUAAUUCAAAAUACUUCACCAGAGAGCAUGCUUAGCCACAGAGGAUCAUUAGCUUCUUAAAAAAUUAAAAAAUGCUGUGGAGUGCAUUAGCCUAUGCCUGUUUGGGAAGCCCGCAAUUUGGGCAGCACGCGUGGUAGGCCUAGAUGAUUGAGUUGCGGCUGUCAGUGAAUAGCUAAAAUAUGUGUGAAGAUAAUGUCUCAAGUAUAAUUUAAAACAUUCAGACAAGAAGGGGAGGGGUGUGUGGCGAAGAUAUGGUGCGUCUCUCCCCAGAAUGCAUGCGCUCCGCUCUCCAGAAUGCGCUCAGCUGUCUCCUGCCAAUUCAUGCGCAUUCAUUGUUUCAUUGUGUGAAUUGUUUGCCCUUUAAUUGUUUAUUUUUAUCAACUCCCCAUUACAUACAGUACCAGCCAAAAGUUUGGACACACCUACUCAUUCCAGGGUUUUUCUUUAUUUGGACAAUUAUCUACAUUGUAGAACAAUAGUGAAGACAUCAAAACUAUGAAAUAACACAUAUGGAAUCAUAUAGUAGCCAAUAAAGUGUUUAAAGAAAAUUUUAAAUAUAUUUGAGAUUUGAGAUUCUUCAAAGUAGCCACCCAUUGCCUUGAUGACAGCUUUGCACACUCUUGGCAUUCUCUCAACCAGCUUCACCUGGAAUGCUUUUCCAACAGUCUUGAAGGAGUUCCCACAUAUGCUGAGCACAUGUUGGCUGCUUUUCCUUCACUCUGCGGUCCAACUCAUCCCAAACCAUCUCAACUGGUUUGAGGUCAGGUGAUUGUGGAGGUCAGGUCAUCUGAUGCAGCACUCUCCUUCUUGGUCAAAUAACCCUUACACAGCCUGGAGGUGUGUUUUGGGUUAUUGUCUUGUUGAAUAACAAAUGAUAGUCCCACAAAAUGCAAACUAGAUGGGAUGGUGUAUCGCUGCAGAAUGCUGUGGUAGCCAUGCUGGUUAAGUGUGCCUUGAAUUCUAAAUAAAUCAGUGUCACCAGCAAAACACCAUCACACCACCUCCAUGCAUCGCGGUGGGAGCCACACAUGCGGAGAUCAUCCGUUCAGCUACUCUGUUUCUCACAAAGGCACACCUGUUAAUUGAAAUGCAUUCCAGGUGACUACCUCAUGAUGCUGGUUGAGAGAAUACCAAGAGUGUGCAAAGCUGUCAUCAGUGCAAAGCUGUCAUCAAGGCAAAGGGUGUGUACUUUGAAGAAUCUGAAAUAUAUUUUGAUUUGUUUAACACAUGAUUCCAUAUGUGUUAUUUCAUAGUUUUGAUGUCUUCACUAUUAUUCUACAAUGUAGAAAAUAGUAAAAAUAAAGAAAAACCCUGGAAUGAGUAGGUGUCCAAACUUUUGACUGGUACUGUAUGUCACUAGUGGGCCUAGUAAAUGUACUGUUAAUCCCCGUCAUUUGGUUACGUACAUUUUUGUUAAUGCAUGUAUUAAUUAGUGGAAACGUUGUUUGCAGAGUUCACAACCUGCUACACUUGUGAGCAAGUUUUGGUUUAUUUCAUAACCAUCGAGUUUAGUAAACAUUUUUCAUUGUCUUUUGUUUGGAGUGCUCCAUUGUGAGCAAUGAGCAUGUGUCUGGUUUCUCUGUCCGGAUGAUGUUGAGCGAGCGCGCGCCUGAGCAUAGAAGUAGGCCUACCUGGCCUGCUGCCCGCAAAUGUAGGAAAGUGCCCAUUUCCACCACUAAUAAGCUGUGCUUCUGUCAUUUUUUUCUUCACCUCUAACAGUAAGUCUGCUUAUUAUGAACUGAUGAUCCCAUAUAUCCAGUGGAAACAUCAUUAAAAAACGUAUAUUUGUCCUGAGCUCUGGAAACUCUUGAGGGCACGGAAUAGGCUAGUUGAUACAAUGUUACACUUCACUCUUGAUAGCUCAAGACAGAUAGAAAGGGAGGCAGACAGGCGGAGUAGAGAGAUUAAUACGAUUGAAAGAACCUGAAAUUUCAUCAGGAUAUUUCUUUAACGUUUUUAUUUGUCUGCUUUAGGCCUAUGUAUUUUACUUAGUUGACGAUGGAAGUUCUAGGCCUACUGGUGCAUUGGCCUGUAGGCUAUCUGAAUUCCAUGCGCUCCUUUCUUUAGCCGCCAAUGGAUCACGGUGCAUCUGUGUCCAUAUGGCAGAGGCUGGUGCUCUUGCAUUAGUUUAAUUAUAACUUUUAGAUUAUCAUUUUAAUUCAGAUUUAGGAAUUAACCACGUGACAAUUAUUUUGAGAAACAAAAUGUUAUUAUUGAAAUGAAUUAGUAAGUAGCCUAUCUUUUUGGUAGAGACAGCACGGCUCGCCUUGCGCCCUCCAACAGUCAAACAAAUGCUGAGAUUUUUUGAUUUUUCAUGAAGGUAACGCAAUGUAAUAUAACAUGUUACUUUCCACACAAAGUCAUAUUGUAAAGUAACGUGUCACUUUUGUUAAAUACAAUGUAUAAUAUGUAAUUUAUUACUUUUCCAAUUAACUAACACUCCAGUCUCCUUUUCACCUCUUAACAUCUGAUUUACUUAACAAAAGGCACAUCUCAAUAGGUGGGUCCAGCGUUCAUCAUGACAUGGCAGGGUGGGGUUUCCUCUUUUGUUCUCUAUUCCACAAGCAAGGGGGGAGGCUGAUGACAUCACAAAUUCCUAUCAGACCAACUCCUUCAAUGCCCUACUCCUUGAAGUUUGCAGUUUAAAAAACACUAUUUUUCUCAACAUAUAUAUAUAUAUAUGUAUGUAUGUAUGUAUGUAUGUAUGUAUGUAUGUAUGUAUGUAUGUAUGUAUGUAUGUAUGUAUGUAUGUAUGUAUGUGUGUGUGUGUGUGUGUGUGUGUGUGUGUGUGUGUGUGUGUGUGUGUGUGUGUGUGUGUGUGUGAUAUAUAAUAUACACAAACACACAGUGGGGAGAACAAGUAUUUGAUACACUGCCGAUUUUGCAGGUUUUCCUACUUACAAAGCAUGUAGAGGUCUGUAAUUUUUAUCAUAUUCAACUGUGAGAGACGGAAUCUAAAACAAAAAUCCAGAAAAUCACAUUGUAUGAUUUUUAAGUAAUUAAUUUGCAUUUUAUUGCAUGACAUAAGUAUUUGAUACAUCAGAAAAGCAGAACUUAAUAUUUGGUACAGAAACCUUUGUUUGCAAUUUCAGAGAUCAUACGUUUCCUGUAGGUCUUGACCAGGUUUGCACACACUGCAGCAGGGAUUUUGGCCCACUCCUCCAUACAAAACCUUCAGGUUUCGGGGCUGUCGCUGGGCAAUACGGACUUUCAGCUCCCUCCAAAGAUUUUCUAUUGGGUUCAGGUCUGGAGACUGGCUAGGCCACUCCAGGACCUUGAGAUGCUUCUUACGGAGCCACUCCUUAGUUGCCCUGGCUGUGUGUUUCGGGUCGUUGUCAUGCUGGAAGACCCAGCCACGACCCAUCUUCAAUGCUCUUACUGAGGGAAGGAGGUUGUUGGCCAAGAUCUCGCGAUACAUGGCCCCAUCCAUCCUCCCCUCAAUACGGUGCAGUCGUCCUGUCCCCUUUGCAGAAAUGCAUCCCCAAAGAAUGAUGUUUCCACCUCCAUGCUUCACGGUUGGGAUGGUGUUCUUGGGGUUGUACUCAUCCUUCUUCUUCCUCCAAACACGGCGAGUGGAGUUUAGACCAAAAAGCUAUAUUUUUGUCUCAUCAGACCACAUGACCUUCUCCCAUCCCUCCUCUGGAUCAUCCAGAUGGUCAUUGGCAAACUUCAGACGGGCCUGGACAUGCGCUGGUUUGAGCAGGGGGACCUUGCGUGCGCUGCAGGAUUUUAAUCCAUGACGGCGUAGUGUGUUACUAAUGGUUUUCUUUGAGACUGUGGUCCCAGCUCUCUUCAGGUCAUUGACCAGGUCCUGCCGUGUAGUUCUGGGCUGAUCCCUCACCUUCCUCAUGAUCAUUGAUGCCCCACGAGGUGAGAUCUUGCAUGGAGCCCCAGACCGAGGGUGAUUGACCGUCAUCUUGAACUUCUUCCAUUUUCUAAUAAUUGCGGCAACAGUUGUUGCCUUCUCACCAAGCUGCUUGCCUAUUGUCCUGUAGCCCAUCCCAGCCUUGUGCAGGUCUACAAUUUUAUCCCUGAUGUCCUUACACAGCUCUCUGGUCUUGGCCAUUGUGGAGAGGUUGGAGUCUGUUUGAUUGAGUGUGUGGACAGGUGUCUUUUAUACAGGUAACGAGUUCAAACAGGUGCAGGUAAUACAGGUAAUGAGUGGAGAACAGGAGGGCUUCUUAAAGAAAAACUAACAGGUCUGUGAGAGCCGGAAUUCUUACUGGUUGGUAGGUGAUCAAAUACUUAUGUCAUGCAAGAAAAUGCAAAUUAAUUACUUAAAAAUCAUACAAUGUGAUUUUCUGGAUUUUUGUUUUAGAUUCCGUCUCUCACAGUUGAAUAUGAUACAAAUUACAGACCUCUACAUGCUUUGUAAGUAGGAAAACCUGCAAAAUUGGCAGUGUAUCAAAUACUUGUUCUCCCCACUGUAUAUGUAUGCAUACCCAUGGGGCGGCGCACAAUUGGCCCAGCGUCGUCCAGGAUAGGGGAGGGAAUGGCCGGCAGGGAUGUAGCUCAGUUGGUUGAGCAUGGCGUUUGCAACGCCAGGGUUGUGGGUUCAAUUCCCACGGGGGGCCAGUAAAAAAAAAAAUAUAUAUAAAAAAGAAUAAUGUAUGCACUCACUAACUGUAAGUCGCUCUGGAUAAGAGCGUCUGCUAAAUGACUAAAAUGUAAAUGUACUUUACUGUAUUUAUACUUGGAAUAUUUAUUUUCAGCAGGAUAAGUUCAAAAAUCACUGGAGGACGUCUAAGGCCCCUAUUUACAUUGACCAGCUUGAGAGGCCCCUAUUCAGUGUUUGCCAUUAGCACCGGCCAGUCGGUUAGACUCAUUUUCAACCCACUACUUUUUCCACUUCAUUAACUAAGCUACUUGUCAUUUAAAAGUUUAAAUUCACUAGUUCGUCGAGCCCUGUCCCGCUAGAAUGAACAAUAUGCAUAUUCUAGCGAUCUAUUAAUAGGAUAGGCGCCUGUCAGUCACAAAGCGAGCGACUGAACAGCACGUGUUGACUAGUUUAUCAAAGGUGUCGAACUGACUGAAUAAAGUCGAUCUAUAUCCCUUUGCCAUUUAUAAAUCAUAUAACGUGGUUAUAUUUACAUGGUAUCGCAUCGGGACAAGUAAAACAAAAGAUUACCUAGGUUUCCAUUCGUAGGAUGUCGGGGCUUGCCAAAAGUGAGUGACUUGUCAGUCAGUGUAUACUACCGAAUCGCAUCGGUGAGAGCCGUUCAUUUGGCUCCCUAAUUUGCAUAGGUUAUUGGUAGGCCUAGGCUUUUUGGCAAUUAUCUGCAGAUACAUUAUGAAAACAUUUGAUGAAGAUGGUGAAUCAUCACCGCAGCAAUAGGUAGUGGGGAGCCUCAUUCUGGUCCAAAUAUGAUAAUUAGGGCCCUCAUGGAAUCCAGGCAUUAAAACGGAAUUCAACAAUAUUCAGAAAUGUAUUGACCUUAGGAAAGAAUCAACUAAAUGUAUUGAUUCAAAUCAUCAAAGAUGAUGAUUAGUCGAUAAUUUGAGUCAGCUCUCUAGUGCUAGGGAAAAAACAAAAAUGUGCACCCCUUUGGGUCCCCAGGACUAGGGUUACAAAACAGUGAUUUGACCUUUUUAAAUUGAUUUUUUAAGAUAAUGUGAGCUAUUUACUUAAUCUUUCUGUUUUUAAUAAAAUAUGUAAUUUGAAGAACAAACAUCGUUCUGGCAAUUCAUAUCUUGCAGUAAAACCGAUAAUACAACUUUAAUCUCAAGACGCAAAAUGUUUCAAGUUUAAUGUUCCCUUACUUAGAAAAUAGUCCUGAUAUCCAACUAACAAACUGAAUUCCUACAUUUUAUGUAAUUUAAAUUGUGAAAUAGCCUUUCUACACAAUACAACACAUUUUUCCAUCUGGGAGGUAAACUCAAUAGUUUUCAAUAAUUUUGCUGUGUAUUUCAGAUGGAAUCAAGGCAUUAGAAUGUACCAGAGGCCACCAAAAUGGAGCACCUUCGAGAGGCACCUGGCUGGCUAGUUUUUAUAUUUGGCUGGCUAAAACACUGCCUAUUUAUCCUGACCAGCCUGUUUUCAGUUUACUGUAUGUUCCUGUGUGUGUGUGAGAAUAUAGAGUAUGUUUGUCUCAUUGUUGUGUAUCACGUGUAUGUGAUUUCCUAACACACUUCUCUUCCUCUCUUCAGUCGGGCCAGGGAGGCCCCCAGUCCAUGUACCACUCUGGGCCCCUGCCAGCGCCCACACCCCCUAACAUGCCCCCUGGCCACAGCUCUCCCCAGGCCUCUUACCCCAUGCAGGGCUACAGCCUGCCCACCCACCAGCCCAUGGCCCAACACUACCCAGGUCUGGGACAGCUCACACAGGUAAUAAACACCAGGCUACUCUGGACCCACAGCCCACAUACUCUCUCCUCUCUCUCUCUCUGGAGAGUUGAAUGUAACAGAUCUAAGCGAACAAUGAUACUAAGUCAAACAAUAAUGUGACAAUAUCAGAUGUAGCACAAGUCAGAAGUCUUAUUUGUUUCAAUUACGUAAGGCUGAUACAAGCUUCACUCCGUUGAUCUACGCGUGUGGGUGGAGUCAGAUUUUUGGGGAGCAGUGGAAACCUGUUGGUAACGUGAUGCCCUCACCAGUCCGUGUUUCCUAGACUGCCAUUCACAAGUCUUCUCAUUUGUGGUGAGAGUUACGUUCGUCUUCCCUUGCUAAUAGUAACUAGCUGGCUUUAACCUGGCUAAAAACAGUACGCUAGCUAGCCUUUUUAGCUUACCACAUCUCCUUGUGAAAUAAUCAGAUUUGUAGUUAAAUAUAAUGUGCCAUGGCAAAUAUUGUUAUACUUGCCAGUGUAACCUACAACAGUAUCUCAAUUUGAUAUGGUCCUUCAAUGUAUUUGCUCCCAUAUCAGCUGAAAAUAGUGUAAUAUCACGGAGAAAAAGCUGUUUUUACUGUUUCAAAAUAGCCUGGAAUCACAGUUAUUACCUCAACAAAAUACCUUUUUGUGGGGAUUCUAAUAAGGCAACAAUGUUUGGUUUUGUUUAAACAGGUGCUGAGAUUAUAGUUGGUUAUCAAUGCAAAAUGCUACUUUGCAUAGCCUAUGUAGAUCAGAUCAAGGAACCAAGCAACAGCUUCAUUGUCUACACAACACAGAACUUUAAGCCCGAGCCCUACCCAUGCCUGCGACGUUCAUGCCCUACCCUACCCAGGCCGAUUGCUUCUGCCAAAUGUAAGGCCCUGCCCAAAAUAACUUCCUCUAUUAGUAAAUCCAUUAGCUGCUCUUGUCACUCGCUCCCUGCGCGCAGCUCGCUCUAAGUCUGGGUAUCGAUAGCUACGUCUCAGCUGGGGCUGCUCUGCUCAAUGACGAGACAUGAGAGAGCAGUUAGCCACUUUUGGUCACGCUAAACUCUUGACAGCUCAAGGAACAUUAUAUUCUGUGAAAUAAUCUCUCCUGUCUUUAUAUUUGAUGUUGUAGCACUUCUGACACCAUGCAUGUCAUGAUUGUCGUGGUCCUCUGUAGCUCAAUUGGUAGAGCAUGGCGCUUGUAACGCCAGGGUAGUGGGUUCCAUCCCUGGGACCACCCAUACGUAAACAUGUAUGCGCACAUGACUGUAUGUCGCUUUGGAUAAAAGCGUCUGCUAAAUGGCAUAUUAUUAUUUAUUAUUAUGAUCUUAGUCAGGCCUGUUGGGGUUGGUUAGAAGUGCUCUAUUAACUUCUUAAGGAUUGGACCCUUUUUUCAAUUUUCGCCUAAAAUGACAUACACAAAUCUAACUGCCUGUAGCUCAGGACCUGAAGCAAGGAUAUGCAUAUUCUUGAUACCGUUUGAAAGGAAACACUUUGAAGUUUGUGGAAAUGCGAAAUUAAUGUAGGAGAAUAUAACAUUAGAUCUGGUAAAGAUAAUACAAACAAAAAACAUGCGUUUUUUUAUAAUCUUUGAAAUGCAAGGGAAAGGCCAUAAUAUAAUAUUGCAGUUUAGGCGCAAUUUAGAUUUUGGCCAAUAGAUGGCAGCAGUGUGUGUGCAAAGUUUCAGAUUGAUCCAGUGAAGCAUUGCAAUACUGGACUAUUUUGUAUCAAGUCUGCCCAAAUGUGCCGAAUUAGUCAAUUGAUACAUUUUCAAGUACAUAACUAUAGAGAACAUACAAAAAUGAUAUGGUAAUACAAAAUUUAAGUUUACACACUCCCAGGAAUGUCAUACAUGAUGGAGCAUUAGCUUAUACACUAACUUUCACACAUCUAGAAGACUGGGCGGGGUGGGUGUGGAGCCAGAGACCGCAUGGGUUCAAACUGUAGAACCCAGUUCCUACAUUUUCAAUAUAAAAAACAUUUAUUUUAUCAAACAAAAUGAUGCUACAUUUUAUCUCUGGGACCCUUAGGAUGAAAAAUCAGAGCAAGAUUACUGAAUAUAAGUACAUUAUUUACCUUCAGAGGUGAAUGUAUCAAACCAGUUGCCGUGAUACGUUUUUUUGUUGUUGUGCACUCUCCUCAAACAAUAGCAUGGUAUUUUUUCACUGUAAUAGUUACUGUAAAUUGGACAGUGCAGUUAGAUUAACAAGAAUUUCAAGAUUUCUGCCCAUAUGACAUGUCUAUGUCCUGGGAAGUUUGCUGUUACUUACAACAGUCAUGCUUAUCACAUUAGCGCACAUUAGCUCAAUCGUCCCGUAUAUGGGACACCGAUCCCGUAGAGGUUAACACUGCCCCCACAAUGAACUCUUCGUAGUCAGAUUUGGAGCUGCGCCAUAGUCGCCAGCAAUGAAGGUAGGACUACGUUCUACAAGGAGCCACCCAUUUUGUGAAUUAAAACAACAUUUACGUACAGCGUUGCGCUCAAUCUUUCCAUCUCCGUAGUCUGUAGACCACUAGUCUUGAAUUAAAUAUGGUUGUUAGAAAGGGAUGACACCAUCUCGCCCCCUCUCGCCCCAGGCCCACGUUGCCCAAGGUAUGUCUGGCCCCCACCACCAAGGAGGCCACGGCCCGCCCCAGAUGAUGCUGCACUACGCCCCGCCCCCACAGCAAGGCCCAGGCUCCUCCCAGCAGCACGGCCCUCCUCCCCAGCAGGGGGCGCACCAACACUACUACAUCCAACACCCACAGGGUAAGUAACUUCAAGUAAUGCAGCUACACAUCUCCAAUAGAAAUUAGCUUUACAUUUCCAGAUCUUCAUCAGUGACUGUUGUUCUGUGUUCUAGCAGUACAGGUGCAGGCUCACCCCACCCAGCAGCUCUCCUUCCACCCCCCUGGAAACUGACACCCCUACCUACACCUAGAGGACCACAGAAGAAGCAGGAGACAGAGGAUGGGAGGGGAGCUGAGGACAGCAAGCUGAGGCCCCCAGUCCCUACCUGAGUCUUCAUGACUGACCCAAUCCCAUUGAGGGACACAAUCAAGUUGUUCUCUGAUCGUCUGAGAACUGAAGCCCCCUUCUGGAACUACAGCCGCCACAUUUCCCCCUCCUCUCGCCCACAAAAUAAGCAACUUGUUUUUUUCCCAGUUUUUUACCCAGAGUUCUUUUAGUUAAAGAGGGAGCGAGAGAAUAAGAGAAAGAGCCCGUCAAAGGCUCCCGUUCUGCUACUCUGUUUGGGACGGAGAAAAAAAUAAUUUACUUUGUUUUUAUGAAAGCCUAGAAAGACAGUCAUCCUCGCUAGCUGGUUCCAUUUUUAAGUUGAGAGGAUUGACAUGGCAAAAUAAUCGUCUCACAGUAGACUGAAGCGACUCUGCAGAGAGUUAUAGGACUUAUCACAAUGAAACUUGCUCCCUUUUAACCCCUACCUACUUCCCUUUACCUCCUCCCCAUCUCCCUUUCUCAUUUUACAGGUAACAUUAAUAAAUAAACUAUUAAAAUACCAAAAAAAUGGAAAAAUCAUACAAAAAUAAAGUUUUAAACUCAACCUCAAA